AUUCUUUAAGGGCGGCAUGCUGCUGGUCGACUGCCAGGAAGAGAAGUCGGCCACCUGGCUGAAGGAGAUCACGCCAAGGCUCGAGGGUUGGAAGGGCCCGGCCCUGUGUGUAAAGAGAGGGGAGGAAAUACCGCGAACACACAGCAUGGUAGCGUUCUUUCCGAGAAGUGCAGAGGAUAGCUACGACUUCGUGCUUAGUCUGGUGAGGAACCAGAACGAAGGUUUAAGUACCUCGGCGUGGAAAAUCGUAGCAAGCAGUGUUGUGGGUUCCGGGUGGAACCUCAACAUCACGAUGGACGACGAGUCCUACAAGUUUAUAAGGCUGAAGGGAUUCAAACUAAAUUUCCGCUUCGGCAAGAUUAUGAUGCGGCCAUGGAGGCCCAAGGCUGCGUCCACGAGCCAAGAGGCCAAGACGGGGAUGAACGUAGCACCAGCUCCUCCCGUAGCCCGCCCAGCGGCGCAUGAGGCGACUGCAGCUGUGGCUUCGGGUAAGGACAGCGAAUCCCCCAGCGAACCCAUCUCGGCUGGGCAGGUUGCGACUGCCGCCGCGGAUGCAGAUGAGAGCAACGGGCAGGAAGGAAAGAUGUCAUUCACCCAGGAGCAGGAGGCGACUGCAUCUGUGGUUUCGGGGGAGGAUAGCGAAUCCCCCAGCGGACUCAUCUCGGCUGGGCAGGUUGCGACCACCGCCGCGGAUGCAGACGAGAGCAACGGGCAGGAAGAAAAGAUGCCAUCCACCCAGGAGCUUCUGGAAGGGUUGGAGAUGCAGGUCGAUGAAGGGGACGAAGACGGGGACCUGUCUCUCUUAGAACCGAUUCUGUAGGCUCCAGCACCGGCAUAGAAGUGGCCCAGGUGAACCUACAUCACGCAUCGGCAGCCUCGGCAGUCAUCGUGAAGAGGUUCAUCUCGGAUAACCUGGGCAUCCUUCUAAUCCAGGAACCUUGGGUGUUCAAAGGAGAGGUAAGAGGCCUCAACAUGAGAAGGAGCAAGAGUUUCUAACGCAAGACCUGGUGGCGGUGCAAGUGAAGGACAAGGAAGGAUCGGACUUCGUCCUUGCAUCCGCAUACUUUC